GUCUAGUCAGUAGAUGAGCUCACCGUGUGUGUGAGAGUGUGCUUCGGUGUGUCCUCUCAGGUGGGAUUAUCUGGCUGGGAGACCGGUGUGUAGUCAGAAUGAGAGGAGCGUGGAUAAAACGGCUGUUGUUCUUAGUGGGAGCUAUGGGGGUCAUGCUGUACUUUGGCAUCUUUCUGAAGAAUGGACACCAACAUAGCGUGGAGACUGAUAAAGAGAUGGACACACCGCGUAUGAAGACCUCGUCCGACCUGGAGGAAAGCAUCAGCGAUCUAAACAAAGUACUCAGAAGUUUUGAGAAAAAGCAGGAUAUCAUGCAGAAAAUAUUGGUAGAGGACAAAGAAAACCAAAGAAAAUCAGCAGAGGUCCAGCAGCCAGCAGGCCAAAAGCAAUCAGAGAAGCAGAACAAAGACAAUGCAAAUAUCCAACCACAAAAUGAAGCACCUCAGAUGGGAAAAUCUGAACAACUGUUCCCUAACUCGGCCUUGUUCAAGGAGUGGGGAGCAAAUCUCUCUGAGGAUGACCAAAGAGAGGCUCAAAGCCUGUAUGAGAAGUAUGGGUACAAUGUUUUUCUGAGCGACCGCCUCCCUCUGGAUCGACCUCUUCCAGAUACCAGAGAUCCUCGGUGUUUGAAAAAGAGUUACCCCAAGGACCUGCCAAGUCUCAGUGUGGUGCUCAUCUACCUGGAUGAAGCCCUGUCUGUUCUCCAAAGAGCCCUGCGCAGCAUCAUCGACCGCACUCCUAAAAACCUGCUGAAGGAGAUAAUAAUGGUGGAUGACAAUAGUUCUAAUGAAAAUCUGAAGGGUGACCUUGACAUGUAUGUGAAGUUGCUUGAGCAGGAGAACCCUAAUCUCCGUAUUGUGAGAGUGAGGCACAGUGAGCAGAGAGGUCUUGCUUCGGCCAGAGUAUCCGGGUGGAGGGCUGCUACUGCUGACGUGGUGGCCAUCCUGGAUGCACACAUUGAAGUCCAUGAGAUGUGGGCUGAACCUCUGCUGACACAGAUUAAAGCUGACAGAACUGUGGUGGUUUCCCCGGUGUUUGAUAGAGUCAACUUCAAUGAUCUCAAGGUUACUACAUAUCAUCCAAAUGCACACGCCUUCGACUGGGCUCUGUGGUGCAUGUAUGAGAGUUUUACACCUGAGUAUUACAAACUUAAUGACGGUUCACUGCCUGGCAAGAGUCCAUCUGUCAUGGGGAUCAUGGUUGCUGAUAGAAAGUUUCUGGGGGAAAUUGGAGUCCUUGAUGAAGGAAUGAAAGUGUAUGGUGGAGAAAAUGUUGAGCUGGGAAUUCGUGUAUGGACAUGUGGAGGCAGCAUUGAAGUUGUUCCAUGUUCCAAGAUCGCCCACAUCGAGAGGGCCCACAAGCCCUACAUGCCUGACCUGAGUUCUGCCAUGAAGAGAAAUGCCCUCAGAGUUGCAGAGAUCUGGAUGGAUGAAUACAAGCACAACGUUAACUUGGCUUGGAACAUCCCAUUUGAGAAUCAUGGAAUUGACAUAGGCGACAUUUCAGAGAGGAAGAAACUCAGAGAAAGGCUGAACUGUAAACCUUUCAAAUGGUACCUGGAUAAUGUGUAUCCAAAGCUGGACCCCUGGGACGACCUACUCGCAUAUGGAGGAAUGAAGAACCUUGAUGCUGACAUGUGCCUAGACCAAGGUCCAGUACCAGGUCACACACCGAUUGCCUACAAUUGCUACUACUAUGGACCUCAGUUCACAUAUUAUCGUGGAACGGGUGAGCUCUACAUUGGCGGCAUCAAGUCACAUGAGUACAAUGACAACCGAUGUUUAGCUGACACAGGCACAGAAGAAACUGAGCCUGGCCUGUACAACUGUAAGGAGGCUAUUCAGAAAGGCAUGGGGAUAUACUGGGACUUCACUCAGGGCAACGAACUGAAGAACAGACAAACAAAGAGAUGCCUGGAAAUUAUAAACCAGAAACUUAUAAUACAGGAAUGUACAGGUCAAAGAUGGACAAUUCAACACAUAAUCAAACCCUUUUAA